CUCUGAAGACUCAGCCGCCCCAGGAAUUCUUGCUGGCAGACCUUUGUCGAGAUCAGUCACUGAAGUGGAGCUUGCUGCUCCAGCAAAGGGACUGCGUGCAAGCAACAUGGGUGACUGGCGCCCCCUCACCGAGCUCCUCGACCAGGUGCAAGCCUACUCCAUGGCCGGAGGGAAGGUGUGGAUCUCAGUCCUGUUCAUUUUCCGCAUCCUGUUGCUGGGGACCGCGGUGGAGUCGGUCUGGGCUGACGAGCAGUCAGCCUUCCAUUGCAACACGCGGCAGCCGGGCUGUGAAAACUCCUGCUACGACAGGUCCUUCCCGAUCUCGCACGUGCGCUUCUGGGUCUUGCAGAUCAUAUUCGUGUCUGUCCCCACUCUCCUGUACCUGGUGCACGUGUUCUAUGUGAAGCGGAAGGAAGAGAAGCAGCAGGAGCAGCUCAGAGUGUCCGAGACGAGUGGCCUGGGUGCGGAGCAGCGGCCGCAUGCGCUGGAAGGUGAGCAGCUCGGCCACGGCCAAGUGCAGGUGCGGGGGAACCUGCUGCGCGUCUACACCAUCUGCAUCUUCUUCAAGGCACUCCUCGAGGUCGUCUUCCUGCUCCUCCAGUGGUACAUGUACGGCUUCAGCCUGAACGCGGUUUAUACUUGCAACCAAGAUCCCUGCCCGCACCAGGUGGACUGCUUCAUCUCACGCCCCACAGAGAAGAGCAUCUUUAUCCGCUUCAUGCUGGGCGUGUCCUUGGUGUCUCUUGCCUUGAACAUCAUGGAGCUCUGCUAUGUCCUUUUCAAGCACAUAAAGAACCAUCCGAACGGUCAGCAGAGUGGUGCUUACCAAGACACAGCAGGUCUGCUGAACGAGGGUUUCUCCUCAACUGACUCUCUCUCCAUCCCUGCCAUCGCUUGCAGGGACAGGCUGGUUCCUGGAGACAGAAAUAGUAAUUUCAUUCCCACUUUCAAUAACCAAGGAAGUGGACCAAGCAUUCGUUUUAAUGCUGGCUCUCAUGGCCUCAACUCAGCUGAGUCUGUCUCCAUCCUGAUGCCCUCCAGGGAGAGGCUGGUUUCUGUAGACAGAAACAGUCCUUCUCUCUGCUAUUCCCCCCAAAAAAGAAAUGUGCAAAGCCAUUCUAGUUCCAGUGCUAACACUGGUGGCUCCUCCAUAGGCAAAUCUCUCUCCCCCUGGUCUUCUUCCAGGGACCGGCUCAUUCCUAGUGACAGAAACAGUUCUUCCUUCUGCAGUUCCAGCAAUCAAGGAAGUGGGUAAAGCCAGCUGAGGCAUGUAGCAAAAUCCAGUGGGCCAGGCAGCAAGUGCCACCUCUAACUCACAUGCACAGCCUUUCGAUUUCCCAAAUGACAAGCCAGAUUCUAAUAAGCUUAGCCACUGGGCACUAGCAGUUGUAGCUAGCAGCUGCUCUGCAGGAGUUAGAAGUCACACCACCAAGUGACCUAGGAGUCUAGACAUGGGCAGGAAAGCACCCUAACUCUGUCCAAAUGGUAAAGAAAAGGAACCUGUGGUCGAAAGUUUUAGUGGAGGUGGUACUCAACAACCUCAGUCACCAAGCUUAGCAGACACAGACCUUAGACAACUACAGUUCUGGAAUUGGAAGAUGGGUUAUGGGUGGGGGAGAGCUUAACUGUUGGGUGUUUCAAACGGUUGACUCAAAGAACUUGCAUUCUAAAAUUAUAAUUGUGCUAGGCGAUAAGAUAUCUGCUCUAUGUUGGUAUAAACAGAUGCAGUUAUAAACUUAUGAGUGUAGAUUUUUAAGUAAGGUGCACACAGUGUUCAAAUUUGAGCCUUUCUCAUGGAUUGUGUCCUGCGGGGGCGCCAAUAUGACGUGUAUGUCACAUAAGUGCCAGUGUGAAAAAAAGGGCUUUUACCCCUUUAGAAAAUGUGAUUGUUUUUCCUCACAUAUUUUGUUAGGAUAAUAUUA